AUGGUUGUCACGCAUUACAAAACCAUCACAGUCGUCUCGGAGCCCUUCUAUAAAGUCACCAACGAUGACCACAGAGCUUUCCUGGUCAUCUUUGCCGUCGUCUUUGCGGUGAUUGUGCUGGGCAGCAUCGGUAUAAAGCUUGCCCUUCGUCGCCGGAUCCGAACCAAAACCCUUCACGACUCCGAAUCCGUCCUGUGCACUGGCGCGGUGCUGCUGCUGGCCUACUCUGCAUGCUCCGUCUACUCGGCAAAUAUGGGCGUGGGACUACACAAGAUGGACGACAAGGUUGACGUCGACGCCGUCCAAAAGACGAAUUACGCCAUAUCGAUCCUGGGAAUCUCGGCCGUGUUCUGCGCCAAGUUUUCCACGUGCAUGUUUAUCAAGAACAUCAACGAUUACGGUCGCAUGCACACGGCUACAAGAGCCCUGAGCAGCCUCGUCGCCGCCGCAUUUGUCACCGGCAUCCUUGCCACCCUAUUCCAAUGCCCCCUCCCAAAGCCCUGGGCAGCUGAGAACCAGUCGCAAUGCCCGAGAAUCGCCAUGAUAUACCUUUAUAACGGGACCAUGAACGCCAUGACCGAUGUCCUCUUAUGCGCUCUCUCCAUCGCCAUGGUCUGGCGUGUGCAGUUGUCCAAAAAGGCCCUGGUAUUGGUGCUGUUUGGCACAAGAAUAAUCUGUCCCAUAACCAUCAUCCCCAGCCUCCUCUCGACCCGACACCUCUACAGCGACGAGGACUUUACCUGGCUCGCGCUGCCGCCCGCAAUCUGGCAGCAGGCGUCCUUCUGCCUCUCCGUAAUCACCGCCUGCACCUCCAGCAUCAAGUACGUCCUCGACACGUUCGGCGGCUUCACCUUGGCAGUCGAGGCGCCCUACGAGCUGACCGAGGUGCCGGGCAAGCGCGGCUUCCAGGCCACCGCCGCCACCACCAACCAGAGCAGCGGCGCAGGCAGCGGCGCAGGCAGCGGCGGAAGCAACAUGUUGCAUGGUAGCGGCGGAGGCGGCGGCGGCUGCGGCGACCUGACGGGCGAUCCGGGCCCCUGGUCGCACCGGCGCAAGACCUCAUGCUCGGCCGACCGCGGAACGGCCGCAAGCCUGGGAAGAGGAGGGGUCCCAAGAAACACGACUGGCAUAGAAAGAGCGCAAAUCACCCGAGAGCUCAAGGAAACCCACCUAACCACGACGCUGUCAAAUACCUUUUCCCGAUCUCCCUCGACGUCCACAAUCACCGACAAAGAUGACAAGAGUGGAGAUUCUGGAAUCUCGGGAGCGGCGACGCCGACAAAUGAGAGCAACGUCGCGAUAGAAACUCUAACCCAGGCACCGGUCGUCAAGCCCUCAAAACCAGGCAUCCUCGUGGUUACUAUACAUGAGGGCCAGGGCUUUUCGCUACCGGAGCAGCAUCGGGCAGCGUUUGGCAUCGGUAACCAACAUUCGUCUUCGGUCUCGACCGGCAAUGGCUUCGGCGUCGCCGGCUCGGUCCGACCCGGCUCGUCACAAAAAAGUCCUGGCGCCUUCAACGGAAGGCCGCAGACGUCAGGCGGCGGCUUCGGAACCCUGCCAACAAACCAUGGUCGAUUCUCGGGCAAGUACAUGCCCUAUGCCCUGAUCGACUUCGAUAAGGUUCAAGUCUUUGUAAACUCGGUCGAAGGCACUCCCGACAAUCCUCUCUGGGCAGGUUCCAACACGCAGUACAAGUUCGACGUCUCCCGGGUCACGGAGCUCACGAUCCACCUCUACAUAAGAAACCCCAACGCACCACCCGGAUCAGGACGCAGCCAGGAUAUUUUCCUGGGCGUCUGCCGGAUUCAGCCGCGAUUUGAGGAGAGGCAGCCGUUCGUUGAGGAUCCCAAGAUGAGCAAGAAGGACAAGGAGAAGGCCCAGGCCGAGUGGGCCAAGCGGGAGCGGGCGCUCGGCUUCAGCGGCGUCGACUGGGCCGACGUGCAGUACGGCACGGGCCGCCUCAAGAUCGGCGUUGAGUUUGUCGCCAAUAGGACUGGCAAACUCAAGCUCGACGAGGACUUUGAGCUCCUCAAGGUGGUCGGCAAGGGCAGCUUCGGCAAGGUCAUGCAGGUGCGCAAGAAGGACACGAACCGAAUCUACGCCCUCAAGACGAUCCGGAAAGCACACAUCAUCUCGCGCUCCGAGGUCACCCACACCCUGGCCGAGCGCUCCGUCCUGGCCCAGAUCAACAACCCUUUCAUCGUGCCGCUCAAGUUCGCCUUCCAAUCCCCCGAGAAGCUCUACUUCGUCUUGGCCUUCGUCAACGGCGGUGAGCUGUUCCACCACCUGCAGAAGGAGCAGCGGUUCGACGUCAACCGUUCGCGGUUCUACACGGCCGAGCUCAUCUGUGCGCUCGAGUGUCUGCACGGCUUCAACGUCGUCUACCGCGACCUCAAGCCCGAGAACAUCCUGCUCGACUACCAAGGCCACAUUGCCCUCUGCGACUUUGGCCUGUGCAAGCUGGACAUGAAGGACGAGGACCACACCAACACCUUUUGCGGAACGCCCGAGUACCUGGCGCCCGAGCUCCUCGAGGGCAAGGGAUACGACAAGGCUGUCGACUGGUGGACCCUGGGCGUGCUGCUGUAUGAAAUGUUGACGGGCCUACCUCCUUUCUACGACGAGAACACGAACGAGAUGUACAAGAAGAUCCUGUACCAGCCUCUCGACUUCCCGGGCCCCGAGGUCGUACCGCCUGCCGCUCAGGACUUGCUGAGGAAGCUUUUGGACCGCGACCCCAAGACCCGUCUCGGAUCGCCGGAGCGCGGACGUGGCGCGGCCGAGAUCAAGUCGCACCCCUUCUUCCACGCCAUAGACUGGCGCAAGUUGUUGCAGCGGAAGUAUGAGCCGGCGUUCAAGCCCAGCGUGGCCAAUGCUCUCGAUACGACCAACUUUGACCCCGAGUUCACAUCCGAGGCACCACAAGAUUCUUAUGUCGAAGGACCAGUUCUCUCACAGACAAUGCAGGACCAGUUCCAGGGCUUCAGCUAUAACCGGCCGAUUGCUGGACUUGAUGACGCCGGCGGUAGUGUUAAGGACCCUUCGUUUGUCGGCAGCCUGCAGGGAGGAAGAUAG